AUGUCCUCCGAACCAGCGACUGUCUCCACUACGCUCUCCUACUUCGUGCCGCCUGAAGACGGUUCGAAGCCAUAUCAGUACAUUAACGCGGAUUCGACGUCGGGAGAGCGUCAGAGGAACUUUGGGCGGGCGGACGAAGUCGUGCAGAUUGAGAAUCUGCGUGGGCGCGAGGAUUCGGUGUCCCUGGACAAGAACGGUUUCCAUUUCUUCCGCCACCCUGCAAAGCAUACUAGCUUCGCGAAUGACCAGGAGAUCAAGGACGAGUACUACCCUGAGAGCGCCGACUUCAUCAAGCAAGUCACCGGCGCGAGCCGUGUCGUCUUCUUCGACCACACGCUCCGUCGUCACUACGCCGAGAAGACGGAUGACACCCCUGACAGCCGCCAGCCGGUGCAAGGCGUGCAUGUUGACCAGACGCCUGCAUCUGCUGCUGCACGCGUGCAUCGUCAUCUGCCCGCUGAGGACGUAGAUCGCCUGCUUGCCAAGCGCUUCCAGAUCAUCAACUUGUGGCGUCCCAUUCACCAUGCCGCGUAUGACUUCCCUUUGGCGCUCUGUGACUACUCUACGGUUGAUACGCACAAGGACCUGGUCCCAACCGCGCUGAAAUACCCUGACCGCGACGGCGAGACCUUUGGCGUGAAGUACAACCCCGCUCACGGUUGGAAGUACGUGCGCGGGUUGACGCCCGAGGAGGGCGUCCUGAUCAAGUGCUUCGACUCUAUUCAGGACGGAAGCGUCGCCGUGCUUACCCCGCACACUGCGUUUGUGGACCCCACGACGCCUGCCGAUGCUCCGAGGCGCGAGUCCAUCGAGCUCCGCGCCCUCGUGUUCUACGAUUGA